CCGGCCCUCCCGCUCCUGCCUGUUGCUGAUGUUGCGGAGCCCUCCGUGUUCACCAUGGACCUGGCGCGGCGGUUGUGUCCGGUCCGGCUGUGGCUGCUGCUCCUGUCGCUCCUGCUGGGCCUCAGCGCGGGUAGGUUCGCGAGGAAGGCGCACCAGCGGUGGGUGCCUCCUUCUCGAAUUUUUUCAGGAUUCACCACCCGCCGGCCCGCACAGGAAGGCAAGGAAGUGUGGGAUUAUGUGACUGUCCGGAAGGAUGCCCGCAUGUUCUGGUGGCUCUAUUACGCCACGAAUCCUUGCAAGAACUUCUCAGAACUGCCGCUGGUCAUGUGGCUCCAGGGUGGUCCAGGUGGUUCCAGCACUGGAUUUGGAAACUUUGAGGAAAUUGGGCCUCUUACCACCCAACUCAAGCCACGAAACACCACCUGGCUGAAAUGGGCCAGUCUCCUGUUUGUGGACAAUCCUGUGGGCACUGGCUUCAGUUACGUGAACACUACUGAUGCCUACGCAAAGGAUCUGGACAGGGUGGCUUCUGACAUGAUGGUUCUCCUGAAAUCCUUCUUUGAUUGCCAUAAAGAAUUCCAGACGGUUCCAUUCUACAUUUUCUCAGAAUCCUACGGAGGGAAGAUGGCUGCUGGCAUCAGUCUAGAACUUCACAAGGCUAUUCAACAAGGGACCAUCAGUUGCAACUUUUCUGGAGUUGCUUUGGGUGACUCCUGGAUCUCACCUAUAGAUUCAGUGCUGUCCUGGGGACCUUAUCUGUACAGCAUGUCCCUCCUUGAUGACAAAGGCUUGGCAGAGGUGUCCAACAUUGCAGAGCAAGUCCUCAGUGCUAUAGACAAGGGCUUCUACAAGGAGGCCACUCAGCUGUGGGGGAAAGCAGAAAUGGUCAUUGAAAAGAACACAGACGGGGUAAACUUCUACAACAUCUUAACGAAAGGCACUCCCACGACCUCUAUGGAAUCGGGCCUUGAAUUCCUCCGGAGCCCCUUAGUUCGUCUUUGUCAGCGUCACGUGAGACACCUACAAGAAGACGCCUUAAGUCAACUCAUGAACGGCCCCAUCAGAAAGAAGCUCAAAAUUAUCCCGGAGGAUUGCUCCUGGGGAGCCCAGGCAUCUUCCGUCUUCUUAAGCAUGGAGGGGGACUUCAUGAAGCCUGCAGUCAGCAUCGUGGAUGAGCUGCUGGAAGCUGGGAUCAACGUGACUGUGUAUAACGGACAGCUGGAUCUCAUUGUGGACACCAUGGGUCAGGAGGCCUGGCUGCGUAAGCUCAAGUGGCCCCACCUGUCCAAAUUCAAUGAGCUGAAAUGGAAGCCCCUGUACACCAAUCCUAAGUCUUUGGAGACAUCUGCGUUUGUCAAGUCCUAUGAGAACCUGGCCUUCUACUGGAUCCUGAAGGCGGGUCACAUGGUCCCUUCUGACCAAGGGGACAUGGCUCUGAAGAUGAUGAGGCUGGUCACUCAGCAGGAGUAGGAUGCCUGAGCUGGGCUGAGCUGGCUGGGCCCAGAGACACUGGAGCAGAGCCCAAGACGCAGGCGCUCUUCUACUGAGACUCUAGCGUGGGGCGUGACUUGGGAGCCCUUGCCAUCUCCUGGACACCAGAAUACUGUGGCUUCCUCAUCUACUUAGAGAUCAGUCCUGCUUCGUAAAGAGCAUUUUCAGCCAAAGGAAAGGAUUGUAACGGACUGGUCUCUUGUUACCAAAGCAAAUGAUAACCCAUCCACAUUCCAGCACUUGAGAGGUAGAAGCGAGAGGAUUGGACGUUCAAGAGCAUUCUCAGCUACAUUGCAAGUUCAAAACCAGCCUGCACGAAAUAGGAGUCCCUGUCUCCAAAAAAAGGGCAAAAGUUAAUGACCUGACUCAUAGUUGAUAAAAACAGUGAGUGAGACACAAAAUAAUAAACACCACUGAACUGCCAACUACGGGUCUUUUAUUUGCUACAUAUACAUGUAUAUUUUUACAAAAAUGGAGUCCAUAUUGUACGCUCUUUUGCUCUCUACUUUGAUCACAAAUCAACAUGACCCACACUUCUUUUCCCGUCAAUAAAUGUACCGUGAUAUUUUUAA